AUGGCUACUGAGGAAAGUAUAAAUGAAAAAUCAUAUAUGGAGUUUCUUACGAUUAAGGAAAGUCUUUCAGAGUAUCUGUCUAGAAGAAGGGGUGAUGGUGAUCAACUUGAAUUUAAAGGGAUUGACUUGUCAUCAAAUUAUUUAACACAUGACAUCCCUGUGGAAAUUGAAAAGCUAGUUGAAUUGAUAUUUUUAAACUUGUCGAGCAACCAAUUGGUGGGUUCCAUUCCUUCCAAUAUUGGUGAAAUGGAAAACUUGGAAGCAUUAGAUUUGUCAAAGAAUCAGUUAUUAUGUGCCAUUCCUACUAGCAUGGUUAAUAUGCUUUCCUUAGAAAUUUUGAACUUAUCAUACAACACUUUGUCUGGGAAAAUUCCAUCUGGCAAACAGUUUGAAACAUUUUGGAACGAUUCCUAUAUAGGUAAUCCACAUCUCUGUGGUUCUCCACUCACAAAAGCAUGCCCAGAAGAUGGAAACAGUUGGUUCAAGGACACACAUUGCAGUGACAUUGAAGGGAGCAUAGAACAUGAAAGUGACGACAACCAUGAAGACAAAGUAUUGGGAAUGGAAAUAAAUCCAUUCUACAUAAGCAUGGCAAUGGGAUUUUCAACUGGAUUUUGGGUAUUUUGGGGCUCAUUAAUACUCAUUGCAUCUUGGAGGCAUGCUUAUUUCCGUUUUCUAGGCAACAUGAAUGAUAAGAUCUAUGUCACUGUAGUUGUCGCACUUAAUAAAUUGCGGAAGAAGUUUCACACUCAACAACCUCCCAUGUAA